ACGACACUGUCCGAAUAGCUCCAUGCGCCCAAUCCAAACAAACCCACAAACCCACAAACAGUGCUAAAAAAAAACCCUUCCAAUAAAUCCUUCCGAAUUCAUUGGUAAGAACCGUUAGAGAACCGUUAGAGAACCUGGAGGACAUCCCCGUUUGACACCGGAAUCCCGAAGCAACCCGCCGCCAUGGUGGUGAAAACGUACGGCGAGCGCCCCAUGGUGUUUCGCUUCGGCGAGGGCGAGCAAGAGGAGGAGUACAUGAUCGGAUCGGAGGUGGGCAACUACCUGCGCAUGUUCCGCGGCGCCCUCUACAAGCGCUAUCCCGGACUCUCGCGCCGCAAUCUGACCGUGGACGAGCGCAAGAAGCUGGUCGAGAUGGGCCACUCGCAGCACGUGACGGCCUCGUCCAUCUCGCUGCUCAAGGCCGCCGAGGUCGAGCUCAUCCUCCAAGGCCACGACGACCAAUUCAAGGGCUCGGCCAUGGUGGCCGCGGCCAAUGCGCAGGCCGGCGUGACCUUAGGCGGCGAGCCCGGCCCAGGCGCCACGCCCAACUUGGCCGGGGUGGGUGGAACGCCGCGUCCGCGGGCUAAACCCGCCCCCUUUGUGCCCACCAUGCCCAAUUCCUCCCAUUUGGAUGCCGUGCCUCAGCCCACGCCCAUCAAUCGCAACCGGGUGGUGCACAAGAAGGUACGGACCUUCCCGUUCUGCUUCGAUGACACGGACCCGGGCGCCGUGCACGACAAUGCGGGCUUGCCCGAGGUGUUGGUGCCCAUCCGGAUGGACAUGGACAUCGAGGGCCAGAAAUUGCGCGACACGUUCCUGUGGAACAAGAACGAGACGCUCAUCACGCCGGAAAUGUUCGCCGAAGUGAUUUGCGACGACCUGGACCUGAACCCCAUCAACUUCGUGCCGGCCAUCGCGGCCGCCGUCCAACAGCAAUUGGACAGCUUCCCCACGGACACGGAGAACCUGCUCAAGGAGCAAGCCGACCAACGCGUUAUCAUCAAGCUCAACAUCCACGUGGGCAACAUCUCGUUGGUGGACCAGUUCGAGUGGGACCUGGCCGAGGAGAACAACACGCCCGAGGAGUUCGCCAAGAAGAUCUGCGCCGACUUGAGCUUGGGGGGCGAGUUCGUCUCGGCCAUUGCCUACUCCAUUCGCGGACAGUUGGCCUGGCAUCAGAAGACGUACGCCUUCUCGGACAACCAUUUACCGCCCGUGGAGUUGGCGUUUCGGACGCAAAAUGACGCGGACACGUGGUCGCCGUUCCUGGAGACACUCACCGACGCCGAGAUGGAAAAGAAGAUCCGCGAUCAAGACCGCAACACGCGACGCAUGCGGCGCCUGGCCGCGGCUCAACCGUACUAGACCGGAUUGAGCGCCGGUUCACUACGCUAUUUGUAUUAUUAUGCUCGUGUACAGUGGUUCAAGCUUCAUAAAUGUUCAAUUUGCUUCUUCCUCAGA